AUGACAGGGAGCAACGCCGUGAUUGUCGGACUCAGCGGCUGCUCUUCCAGCGGGAAGACGACGCUGGCCCGUUUGCUUAGGGACAUCUUUCCGAGCACCUUCAUCUUGCAUGAAGACGACUUCUACAAAGCAGAGUCCGAAUUGCCGACGAAAAAUGGCCUCCUGGAUUGGGACUGCCCGGAAGCAAUCUCCAUCCCGGACAUGGAGAAAGCCCUCACUCAUAUCCGUGAGAACGGAACGUUCCCGCCCUUUGUAGAUUCCAAAGAGGAUCAAAACUCCGUCGGCAAAUGCCCCGUCACAGACGCCAAGAUUGCGGCCGUCAAGGCAAAGGUUGAGGCCUGGCUCCAGCCUGGCAACCCAGGACACGCCAUCUUCACCGAGGGCAAGCUCAAGGUGUGCCUCUUCGAUGGCUUCCUGCUCUACUGCAAGGAGAUGGAGACCACGAUGAAGCUCAUCGAUAUCAAAUUGUUCCUCCUGGUGAGCCGUGCCAAGGCAACGCAGCGCCGUGAGGCGCGCGACGGCUAUGUCACUCUGGAGGGCUUCUGGCAGGACCCUCCUGGAUAUGUGGACAAGAUCGUCUGGCCCAACUACGUGGAAUCGCACGCGUGGCUUUUCAAGGAUGGGAACGUGGAAGGCGACCUGAGCGAAGAAGUCCUGCGUGAGAAAAACAUCAAGGCGCAAGUUGGGAAGGGGCUAGACAUCGAUAUGGAGACCACUUUGGAUUGGACUGUUGACACCAUCAUCGCAGAGUUGGAAAGACGGACUUCUAAGCAUUCUUAG